AUGCACAUGGUAUUGAAUGAAUCUAGUCAUCGACCUCCUCUACCGGAUUUAUCGCGUACUAUCAAUCACACAUCCAAACAACAUAAACAAAACACCGUGGACUGGGAGCAUGCACUACAGCACUUUGCAGUGAUAAUAAGCGACGAGCUAAAUGACCUCCAUACUCGUUUCCUCCAUGAGAACGAUGUGACUUUUAUUGCGUGGAAACGACUAUGGAAAGAAGCAAAAAUGAGUACCACUUUUCUCGUGGAGUUUUGGGAGAGCACACCGACCAAGAUACACAAGACAAUACUACAACAAACAUUAGAUGGACUUGUCUUGUGUAUUGAAGAACAUGGUGGAGAUUUUGUCAAUGCUGUAGAUAUUGCGGCACUGAUUGGCCGUGUGUUUGCAAUGUAUUGCGCAUACUCGGUCCAAGUUGGCUCGCCCAAGCACAAGAUUGAUGUGGAUCCACAGGCUGGAUCGGCGCUGUUAACAAUUAAUUGCGUCAUGACUGGAACGGGAGCUAGGCUGUUUCCAAGAGCAGCACGUGAGGUGAGAGCGAUGAUGCAUCGGCUUGUGGGUCAAGAGAAUGCCUUUCUUCGAUGCUUGCAGGGAUUUGGACCGACAGUUCGCGUGAAGAAGCACACAUUGAGAUCAGGAAUUGUUGCUCGUCACGAGUUAUCGGUUGUUGCAGACAAUGCGCUGGAGGGAAAUGCGCCAAUUUACAAAAGCAAACUGGAGCAACUAAAGACGCUCAACGAUCGAUACCAAGAAUUAAUGAGCCGAGCUCGAGCUGGACCCUCGGUAUCCGGUGCUGGUGCUAAAUUAGGUUUGCGUCGAGCCAAACCCGUUGCGUCAGCACCUUUGCUUUCGGCCUCGGUGCAUCAAGAAACAAGAAAUAACGGACAAGACCUGGCUCGUGCGUUGACUUUAUACAUGGAGUUCAAGACAAAUGAAGAGGUUCGUAAAUACGAUCGCGUUGCGCGCGCAGCAGCUGCCUGCGAGAAUGAUAGCCGAACGUUUCUUGAACUGAGUGACAACAGCAGCAACAUCUUGGAUUUGAGCGAUCGGGGCAGCGCCAUGUCUGGACCGCCCAAUUUAAUAGCAGCAUCUGUUACCUCUAGUCGGCGCAGGUCAAACACAAGGCACAAAGGUGGCGACAGUGACGCUGUGCUGGUUGAGCUCGAGUCUAAUUUGUGCGCAGACAUCUCAAGUGACCACGUAGCACCAACUAGAGCCCAAUCAUUGGCAAAAGGAUCCAAUGAGAAAUCAUUUUCAACAGUUAGCGAGAUCAGUGAAGCAGAUAGUGAUGCCCUCGCUGACCUUGAGCGCGAGCUGGCGCAAAGUGUCGACGUUGUAAAACCUCAAGUACGUGAAAAUGCGAUUCCUAAACAGACAUUGAGUCGUGCACGCGGUAAGCUUGACCGAAAGACAGGCAUUGUCACGAGACAAGGUGCUCGUGCAACAGCUUCCACAGUGAUACCUACUUGCACCAAAAGCACCCGAUCGACAGCAACGCGAGUGAGAAGUAAAUCGGUGGCGAGUCGACUGUCGUUCGCAGAUUCUUCGGCUGUGUCUUCGUCUGGUGACAAUGAUGAGCUCGCCGCGAUACAAGCUGAGCUAGACGUUUUUCCGUCGCUUUCAGGACCACGGAUGGAUCAGUGUGUUUCCCAUGGCAUCGAGAAACAACAGUCUUCUAUCAAAAUGAGAAACAGCACAGGGCGACUACCAGCAGCAACACCAAAAGCCAAGCAAGCGGCUCGACAGGCUUUAGAUCGUGCAAGUCGGAGGUCCACGAGACCAAAUCAGCACGACCAGCUGUUUACAAGCCCAAGCAGGUCGAGAGCAGUAUCGAUCGCAUCAGAUAGUAGUGAGCUGAUAGCCCAUCUACAAGCAGAACUUGACCUAUCUGCAGAGCCAACGACCAGAUCUCGCACAUCUAUCGCUGUAGUUCAAGCAAACAAACCUCGGAGAUCGUCUCGAUUAAGUUCUAUGGCAUCAGAAACUGAGAGCAACAUAGUUGAAGAGCUGGAGAGAAAAUCGAUUGCUACUGGUAAUCCAUUAGGAACAGUUUCACUAUCACUCGUGCCAGCUCCAGCAAAGACAAUCCGAAAGCGGGCUGCCCAGCAUACAUAUACGACUCGAAGUAUCGCGAAGAAGAUACGACUCAAUGAUGAUGUGACCGCCCCUAGCGUGACUGCCGUUCGUCAAUUGCCAGUGACCCAGGCAUCUUCCAAGGCUAAAGGUGAGCAGCGAGUUUUUGGUCCGACUGCACAUCCGGAAUCUUCUCGAAUAAGCUCCGUGCCGUCAGAUACCGAAAGUGAUGAACUAGCAGAACUGGUAAAAGAGCUUGACAUACCGGCCACCGUCCAAACCUCUACUAGGGCACGACGAAGCAGGAAGUCUUCAGUCAAGAGAUCGAAUACUCGCUCUAUAGCUCAGAAUCAGUCACCCGCCUCAUCGAAUGUGAGAGUAUCUCGUUCUGGUAAAACUCGUUCAGUAGCUUCGGUAAUGCCUGACACCGUUGGCCUCCGACAUUCUACUCGUUUGAGCUCACAGGGAUCAGAUACAGAGAGCGAUGGUUUGGGUGACUUAAUGGCAGAACUUGAAAGUGAUUCUCUUGUGGUGAACACGAAGAAUUCCAAGAAGCCCAGGGCACGAGUAGCGACAACUCGAAAACCACCGAAGCGUGUUCAAAUGGUGAGGUCAAGUCGAAACCAAGCAAAGGAAGUACUAACUGCGGCCCGUGCACCCCAUGCCGCUCGGCAGCCAGAAAAGGUAGCAGCAAAGCCUUUUACUCGUCAGCCCUCAGCUUCAUUAGUGAAUAUGCGCAGCUCUCGACGAUCUACUCGAUCCAGCUCGGCUGCUUUAGACAGUGAAAGUGAUGGUCUUGCAGAGCUUGAGGCAGAAUUGCAAGCUCGACACACGUAG